AGCAACAGACACAACGUGGUUCUUCUGCUUGAUUCUACUCGGACGCGUGAGGGCACCUGCCUACCUCUCUAGGCCUCUUGAGCGGUUGCGCGAAAUGCGAGAUGGCAAAAGACACUGGCAGGUCACAGUGGAUCAAGUCAGGUCUUUCUGGUCGCGUAACGAGGAGCUCUGCGCGACGAUUUCUAACACGCCGUCCAUUGUGUCGCGACCGACUGAGUAUGGGCCGCUUAUCGAGCACGAGGGCGUCCUGCUCUCGCGGCGCGCGGGCGCUGUUGCCCACAUGAACCGUGUCGCCAACGAGCGCGUAGCUGCGUUGCAGGCAUGCUUGCAUAUCUCAGGGGGCACGCGGCCCAACACAGCCCCAGCCGCCCCACGGCCGGCCAGCACCACCCGCAGCACCACCCGCAGCACCACCCGCGGCGGUGGCAUUGACAGCGCGCUGGUCCGCCGGCUCGCUGGAGAGGCCAUUGAUGCGGGCGAGCUCACCGGCGACCUAACAAGGGACAAGGCCGUGUUCACCGCACGCGCCGCACGGUACAACCUGGGCGCACACGCCGGUGACUGGCCUCCACCGCCUCCCGCCGGCGUGGCUGACCGGAUCGUAGAGCACCUGGUGCUGGGGGCCCGCGCGCGCGCCUUCUCCGCGCCCAUCGCCGCCGCCAUGGACCUGCUGAUUGCGGGCCGCCCCUUGCAAGAGGCCGUGGCGGCGGCGCUGCCGGCGGCGGCGUCAGCAUCAAUAUUGGGAUCGCCAAGGCCCACAGGAGAGGUGGUGGCAAUAGGGCUGGUGGCGGCAGCAAUGGUGGUGGUAGCAGCAGGGGCGGCCGGGUUGGUGGCAGCGGUGGCGGCAGCAGGGAUUCUGGCAGCAGCCCGGAUCGUUGCAGAAGCACAUGUUAUGGCAGCAGCAGGGGCUUUGACAGGAGCAGGUGUGAUGGCAGUAGCAGUAAUGGCGGCAGCAGCAGCAGUGGUCUUGACAGCAGCCCGGCUGGUGGCAAUAGUCGCAACAGCAGGGGUGGUGGCAGUAUUAGGAGGCGUGGAAGCGCUACAGCGGCAUCGGUGGAAGGCUGCCGAGCGGUGCGAGGUGGUUCGGGACCUGUUCGUACGGCUGGUGUUCCUGCUGUGCGGCUGCGGCGAGCUGCCCGAUGAUCUGCGCUGGCGGGUGGCGUGUGCGUGGCACGAGGGGCAGGAGGUGGGCCCCAAGGCGCUGAGGAGAAUGCGGGCGCUGCUGGGGCAGCGCCACAAGGUGGCAGCGGCGUGCCUGUUCUACGAGAGCGCCAUCUAUGACCGCCGCCGACAGCAGCAAGAGGCAGCCGCAGCAGCCGCAGCGGCCGCAGCCGCAGCCACAGCAGCCUCCUCCUCCUCCUCCUCCUCCUCAUCUCAGGAGCGGGCCAGUGCCAUCGCUUCCAUCAGCGUGACGUCGGCCCUGCGCUUCAUGGGGGACUCACUACCCUCCAGAUGGCAGCAGGGAGCUACCCUCAGCCUGGUGCGGAAGGUGGAGAGGCGCGAGUACGGUCCGCUGCAGGAGCGGCUGGCCCGCUCCCUGCUGUCGCCCGCGGCCGGGGCCUACUGCCUGCUGUCGCACAACUGCCAGGACUAUGCCGACUAUGUCGCUACCGGCUCCAUGCACCGGAGGGAUCUCCGGCAGGUGUUUGGCAAGAUGCUAUGCGGUGGCGUCGCUCCCAUGCUGCGAGGAUUCCUUACAACGCUCGGGGCAGGUUGGCUGAUGGAGGGGCUGGAGGAGGUGGUGCGGCAGCAGCGGCUGCUGCCGCUUGCGGCGGAAUCCGGGCCUCCCCCGUACACCGCCGCUGCCGCCGCCGCCGGGGCUGCUGCGGCGCCGGGCGCGGGCGCGGGAGACAAUGGCGACGUUGCGGCGACCCGCAUGAUGUCCUACAUUCAGGCGGCGUGUGAGGGCUGGCCACCUUGCAGCGGAAUGUGGUAGAGAUGAAGCGGCAAAGGGGCUUGACGUUGUUGUCUGGGCUUCGGGCAACUGCCAGGGGUGCGGGGUGGCCAACUCGCCCCAUGUGGCCGGCAACGCUUGGCACCCGCCCCAACUUUCCAGUUGCGGCCAAGCCCCGGAGCCCCGAAAGCAUCCAGUUGAUAUAUUUUAACAUGUAGACUUGUUAUGAACCCUUUAGCAACCCCAGCGCUGACACCUUCGAAGUCGCCCAUUCUUGAUGUUAUCAUGUCGGUCUAGAGCGCCUGGCCUUCUUGAACCCCGAAGCACGGCCGCACUUCAUGUAAUUUGGUCUCAAU